AUGAGCCCGCCUGCUUUGGAUGUUGAUAUGAGGGGGGAUACUGACACCUCGGCUGUCCCCGUCCCGGACCCGUUAACUGUCAAUGGCGUUCCGGGGUGGAGGGCCAAGAUGGCUCAGAUUCCCACCGGUGUUGCGGCCGCGUGCAGUAGCGACAUGUUCAAGAGUCCGAAUUGCUAUACCAAGCCCAAGGCCAAGCGGUUUGACCGUAAGUAUACGCCACAUCCUGUUGCGGAGACAGUUUCCUUCGCUGGAGAUGUUGUGCUUGAUCGUCUAUCCGUCGAAGCCAAGUCUCGCAAGCAAUCGACUCUUAAAGGCGCAGCCCAAUAUUUGAAGAAGCCAGGACUCAUCUCCCUUGGUGGUGGCCUGCCCUCCCCGGAAUACUUCCCUUUCGAGCAUCUCGAUAUCAAGGUUCCCACCGCCCCGGGCUUCUCGCCAGAAGAAACGCAAAAGUCAGGAUCGGUUUUGCGGGCUGGAAAGCAUGAUAUUCAGGAAGGGAACAGCCUCUACGAUUAUUCACAACCCCCCUACGCUGACUGGCACUGUACCAUGACCGCCGGCAGCACCUACGCAUGGGACACAGCGCUGCGGGUGCUGUGCGAGAGAGGAGACUAUAUCAUCAUGGAGGAGUAUACGUUCGCCAGUGCAGCCGAAACCGCCUUCCCGCUGGGCAUCAAAGCGCUGGCCGUGCCCAUGGACGACCAAGGUCUGAUACCCGAGGCGAUGGAUGACCUCCUGAGCAACUGGGACACUGAAGCGCGAGGCGCGCGCAAGCCCUUCGUGCUGUACACGAUCCCAACCGGCCAGAACCCGACGGGAGCGACGCAGUCGGCCGAACGCCGUCGGGCCGUAUACAAGGUCGCACAGAGGCACGAUCUCUACAUCGUCGAAGAUGAGCCCUACUACUUCCUGCAGAUGCAGCCGUACGCCGGCGAGGGUGGGGCACCUCUGCCUCCGCCUGCAACCCACGAGGACUUCAUCAAGUCUUUGACCCCGUCGUAUCUGAGCCUCGAUGUCGAUGGCCGUGUGUGCCGCCUCGAGUCGUUCUCUAAGGUUGUCUCGCCGGGUUCUCGUGUUGGCUGGAUUGUGGCCUCGGAGCAGAUGGUUGAGCGCUUCGUCCGCAACUUCGAGGUCUCCUCGCAGAACCCUAGUGGCAUCGCGCAGAUCGUCCUCUUCAAGCUCUUGGAUGAGCACUGGGGUCACUCCGGGUAUUUGGAUUGGCUGAUCAACCUGCGCAUGCAAUAUACUGGGCGUCGCGACUCAAUGGUCCACGCGUGUGAGCAGCAUAUGCCCCGGGAAAUCGCUCGCUGGAAGGCGCCCGCCGCCGGCAUGUUCCAUUGGAUUGAAAUCGAUUGGCGCAAGCACCCAGGCCUGGCUAGCGGCAAGACCCGCGACUCGAUUGAAGAGGAGAUUUUCCUGUCUGCCGUCGACCAGGGCGUUCUGCUCUCGCGCGGCAGCUGGUUUAAGGCCGAUAGCUCCGUUGUGGAGGACAAGAUGUUCUUUCGUGCCACCUUUGCGGCUGCGUCUUCGGAAAAGAUCUCCGAGGCCAUCUCGCGUUUUGCAGGGUCUCUGCGGGUCCAGUUUCAUCUUUAA